ACAUCCUUCCCGUGAGGAUGUUGCCCUGGAAACUAGUGAACAACUUCCUGUGCUUUGCUGGAAGAUGGCGGAGGAGAAAGCUCGGACGGACCUUCAGCUCCCAUUGGCCACCGAGACCAAGAAACCCCAUCCCAAAAAAGUGCCAGAGCUGCCCAUUCUGGAGAGGAGGAACUGGCUCAUCCACCUGCACUACAUACGCAAGGACUAUGACACCUGCAAGGCGAUUAUCCGAGAGCAGCUGCAGGAGACGCAGGGGAUGUGUGAAUAUGCCAUUUAUGUGCAAGCUUUAAUACUCCGUUUGGAGGGGAAGAUCCAGCAGUCCCUGGAGCUUUUUCAGAGCUGUGCUAUCCUGAAUCCCACCAGCUCUGACAACCUGAAGCAAGUGGCCAGAUCCCUCUUUCUGCUUGGCAAACACAAGGCUGCCAUUGAGGUUUACAAUGAAGCUGCGAGACUCAAUCAGAAAGACUGGGAGAUUAACCACAAUCUGGGUGUGUGUUAUAUCUACAUCAAAGACUUCAAAAGUGCUGAGGAGCAGUUAAAUCUUGCCCUGCAGUUGAACAAACAUGACUUGACAUACAUGAUGCUGGGAAAGAUUCACUUGCUGGAGGGGAACACGGAAAAGGCCAUCGAAGUGUACAAGAGGGCUGUCGAGUUUUCCCCUGAGAACACCGAUCUGCUGACCACACUGGGUCUCCUGUACCUGCAGCUUGGAACAUAUCAAAAGGCAUUUGAGCAUCUGGGAAAUGCUCUAACUUAUGACCCCAACAACUACAAGGCGAUCCUGGCGGCAGGCAGCAUGAUGCAGACGCACGGUGAUUAUGACGUGGCCAUGAACAAGUACCGCGUGGCAGCCAGCACCGUGCCCGAGAGCCCUCCGCUCUGGAACAACAUCGGCAUGUGCUUCUUCGGGAAGAAGAAAUACGUAGCAGCCAUCAGCUGUCUGAAGAGAGCCAAUUACCUGGCUCCGUUUGACUGGAAGAUCCUGUACAACCUGGGGCUGGUGCACCUCACCAUGCAGCAGUACGCCUCGGCCUUCCACUUCCUCAGCGCCGCCAUCAACCUGCAGCCCAAGAUGGGCGAGCUCUACAUGCUGCUGGCCGUUGCCCUGACUAAUCUGGAUGACGUGGAGAAUGCCAGGAGGUCGUACGAACAGGCCGUCUCUCUAGACCAAUCCAACCCGCUUGUGAAUCUGAACUUUGCCAUCCUCCUGUACAACCAGGGGGAUAAGAAGGGGGCCUUGCAGCAGUACCAGGAGAUGGAGCAGAAGGUCAAUAUGCUGAAGGAGAGUGGGAGCAGUAUGGAGUUUGACCCUGAGCUGAUAGAAAUGGCCCAGAAGAUGGCGGCCGCUUUGCAGGUGGGAGAGACCCUGGUGUGGACCAAACCAGCCAAGGACUCCAAGUCCAAACAGCACCCGGCUGCCCCCAGCAAGGCUGCCGGCUCCCAGCAGCCCCUGGGCAGCAACCAGGCCCUCGGCCAGGCCAUGUCCUCUGCGGCCGGCUACAGCAAGAGCAUCCAGCUGUCCACAGGCUCCACCCCCCUGGGCCAGCCGAAGCCGCCCUCUCUGCCCCUGGAGCCAGAGCCAGAUGUGGAGAGCGCCCCGUCCCCGCCCACUGAGCCCCCAGGCCCCCCUGAGACAGAAGAGCCCCCGAAGCCCAAAGAGAAGAGAAGGAGCAAGCCCAAGCCAGUGGCUGAGUAGCACGGGGGGUGGGGGGGGGGGGUGGGGGAGUUCCCAGCGAGUCACACUGCCCAGGCCCUCUAAGGCCGUCUCUGGAUAGGUGUGAAGGCAUUCGCCACUACACUUUAUUUUUAAAAAGUAAAAAUUGAAUAAGCGAACACUUCAUUUAGUCCAGCACAUUUGAUAACUGGAUUUCCCAGGGGCAGUGACAGGUCUUAACCCCUGGUAAUCACCCCCCCACCCCCUCCAUUGAGGAACAAGGGAACGCAUUUCCCCAGUCUCCUUUAUAAGGUGUCUCAGCGUCCUGCAGGCCCAUGAGUUUUAUAAGUGACCGCACAGUGUCAUGGUACAUUUUGUGCUGUAGUGGGUGUCGCGUACCUGACCCUGCAUUCUUUCUUGCCCGUCGCUUGUAUGUGAAUGACUGCAGUAUUACGCUUUGCAUUGUGUAAAAGUGAGCAGCUUCUGUAAAUUUAGUCAUUAAGACUUCCACCUCGCACUGCCCAGAGGCAGGCUGUAGGUACACCCCAUAGGAACACAGGGUUUACGAGAAGCACAAGCUCAUUUUGCAUUGCGCUGUUUCCAGUGACAGCACUCCUUUAUUUACCUCUGUGUGAAUUUAGAGAACGUGAGCUGAAGCAAAAGAAGCUAGAAUGUGUUCUCUCAUGCUUCAGAAGCAUGAGGUUACCAGGUAAGUAAGCAGUAAUGUCUGUAGAGAUGCGUUGAAACAGACGCUCUAGCACAGCAGAAAUGAAAGUACUUAAUUAUUUUAGGUUUUACAUCUGUGUAUGCAGAUACAUUUGCUAGCAUACUAUGGAGUAAUUUGUUAGAAAACAUGAGUCUGUUUUGUAUCAGUUCAUUAAUUUCUCUGAUGAGUGUUGUGUAGUUGUAUAGUGCACUUUAACCCAUUUAAAUAAUGUGGCAUGGAUCAGAAGCCAAAGAUAAGCAAUGCUUUAUGAGGGCACUGAGAUGACUGCCAUGGGUGCAGUUGAUUGUGUUUUCAAAUUUCAGUCACCCAAAUCUUUGAACUCAAGCAAUUUAUAGUGCUUGUAUAUAAAAACUUUAAAAUUGGAAACUUAGUGUUUUCCUAAUAAAUAAAUAAAAAGUUUGGACCCAAGGCUUUUUUUUUUUUUGCUAUGAUAAACAAGUGUAAUUGAAAUGCUUGAACUCCCCAUUGAAUAUGAAUAGUGUAUCUGGGAAUUUUGCCCUAGUUUUAAGUGGAUCCUACAGUUUCUAACCAUUUUGAACAUCUUCAGUUAUAUGCUGCGUGACAGGGUAAGGAGAGUAGUUUGUGUUGAAGGCGUGUUUGUUAGCGUGUGCUAGGAUGUCAGUGGGUACACUUGGGGGUUCAGGUCAAAAUGUUUUUUAUUGAUUUACCCUGGGUCUCGUAAACAAGGAAUGUAUUUAAAAGAGAAAAACUUUAACAGGAAACAUUUAUAUCUUUGUUUAUUGAAAUAGUUUAUUUAUAUAUAAAAAAAACGCAAAAAAAGAAAUAAACCAGUUUGAAGUAGUACAAUUUGAAGGCUCUAAAGUUAAUGCUAAUCAAGUGUCUAACAUUGAAUGCUUAAUGAAUAGGGCUUUCCUGACUGCAUAUUGUAUCACGUUGUGCAAAGACUUCUUUCAUUUUGUAUCCUGUUAUCCUGAAUUUAAAAUGUGUACAUUCAAAAUAAAAUAAUUUGAUGAGAAA